CAUCUCAGCGUUCUAACCAGCCUGGCCCGCGGCUUUGGCCUCUACGGUGCCCGGUCCCCCGGCCUCCCUCCACCUUUACCCGCAUCCUCCCUCUACCCUUCCCGCUGCUCCGCCACCUCCCAUUCAUUGCAUCCGUUUCCCCUUCCCGGCUCGGUUCUUACCCUCCCCCUCAAAAGCCUUCCCGGCCGGACCCCGCUACCCUCUUGGGGUUCUCGGUACAUUCAUGGAAGUUUAGGGCCUGGACCGUGGCCCCGAGUCCGCCCCGAGAGCGCAGCCCGCGCUGCUGGCAGGACAGAGGAAGAUGUCUGCGCUCAAGCGGAUGAUGCGGGUCUCCAAUCGUUCCCUGAUCGCCUUUAUCUUCUUCUUCUCUCUCUCCACGUCCUGUCUCUACUUCAUCUAUGUAGCUCCAGGCAUAGCCAACACAUACCUCUUUAUGGUACAAGCUCGAGGUAUCAUGCUGAGAGAGAAUGUGAAAACAAUUGGACAUAUGAUCAGGCUAUAUACGAAUAAAAACACCACACUCAACGGGACAGAUUAUCCUGAAGGCAAUAAUUCAAGUGACUAUCUUGUUCAAACAACAACGUAUCUUCCACAAAACUUCACGUACUUACCGAACCUCCCCUGUCCAGAGAAGCUGCCUCAUAUGCGGGGAUUCCUCAGUGUCAACGUGAGUGAGAUCAGUUUUGAUGAAGUUCAUCAGCUCUUCUCCAAGGACGUAGAGAUUGGGCCAGGAGGCCACUGGAGGCCCAAAGACUGCAAGCCCAGGUGGAAGGUGGCCGUUCUCAUCCCCUUCCGUAACCGCCAUGAACAUCUUCCAAUUUUUUUCCUGCACCUAAUUCCGAUGCUCCAGAAACAACGGCUGGAAUUUGCCUUUUAUGUCAUUGAACAGACUGGCACACAACCGUUCAAUCGCGCGAUGCUCUUUAACGUGGGCUUCAAAGAGGCCAUGAAAGACAACACCUGGGACUGCGUGAUCUUCCAUGACGUGGAUCAUCUGCCGGAAAACGACCGGAACUACUAUGGCUGUGGAGAGAUGCCGCGUCACUUUGCCGCAAAGCUGGACAAGUACAUGUACAUUCUUCCGUAUAAGGAGUUCUUCGGUGGGGUGAGCGGCCUGACGGUGGAGCAGUUUCGGAAGAUCAAUGGCUUUCCCAAUGCCUUCUGGGGCUGGGGAGGAGAGGAUGACGACCUUUGGAACAGAGUUCACUAUGCUGGGUAUAAUGUAACCCGGCCAGAGGGAGACUUGGGAAAAUACACAUCUAUCCCUCAUCACCAUAGGGGGGAAGUACAGUUUUUAGGGAGGUAUAAAUUACUAAGGUAUUCUAAGGAGCGUCAGUACAUCGAUGGAUUGAACAAUUUAUUGUGCACGCCCAAAGUACUGGUUGAUAGGUUGUAUACAAAUAUAUCUGUAAACCUCAUGCCAGAGUUAGCUCCAAUUGAAGACUAUUAAAAGAAGUCUCUCGUGGUGGGGUCGACCACAGUGCUGGAUUGUGAACUUGGCUUGGAGCGUACUCUGCAUAGAGGCUAAAGACUGACACGUCUCAUUGUCCCAGUCUGUGAAAAGAGCCAGCAGUCCUUAUGUUUACAGCGCGGGACUCCAUACCAUCGUACUCCCCCACUCUUCACCCCACUUUGGGGCAUCCUCCAUGGCAGGCAUUGUAGACACCUGAACCCAUUGCUUGGGAAUGGAAGUGAAGAGAGCUCCCUACAAAGAGAAGAUUUUUAUACUGAAAUCUAUAAUUUAAUUCAAGAGAAUGCUUUUAUUUCCGUUCAAAACAUAUUUUGUACAUAUGUGAUAUAAAUUAAAUGUGUUCAAAUUGUUGAAAAAUAAGAUGUCACAAUUUUGCAUGUAAUUGGUUAUGCCUUCAUUGAACUUUUAUAGACUUUUUUUAUUUGCAUGGGGAAAAAAAACUAUGUAAAUCUAUGUCUCAAAGCAAAGGUUAAGCUUUGUAUGGAAAGAAGGGAGUGUCAGUGAUGGACAGACAAUGCAGUAACUGUUCUUCCAUUGUUCAGCUUUAGAUCUCCCUUCAGCCUCAUGCGGGCACAGGCACAGCCCUCUGAGGGCUCUGAAGGAAAGAGGGAUGAUUGGCCCAGCUUUUCUUCCUGCCAGAAUUACCUAUUUUUGGUUUUUUGUUUUGUUUUGUUCUGUUUUCCCUUGCUUGCAAUCUCAUCAGAUUUUGCCAAGUCAACAGCCAUAUUGUUUAUGCAUACUGCAUGCGUAUUACCAGGAAACCCUUCAAAGUCGUGAAGUGAUAUGCUCUACAGUACUCUUCACGUUAAAUGUCUCUAUGUACCUCCGAUGUUAGUGUCAGGGAUCUUGUGCCUCAAAAAAAAAAAAAAAUGUUCCCAAGGCUGUGUUUAUAUGCUGUAUUUUUUUUUUCUUUUCAUAAUGAGCAGCAUUAUUGUUUCCAGUUAAGGAGAACCAAAAGAAAGUAUCUUCUUUUAAAAACAUUUUUAAGAAUGAACUUAUGGAAAAGCCAGUAGUGCUUCUACAGAUGAAUUAUACUAUUAGAUGAGAAAUUAGAUGCUCUAUUUUUAUGAAGAUAAAUGCUUAGAUUAAAAUAAACUUCAACUUUAAUUCUCAGAUGACACAGUUCCCUUUUCGCCUCAGCCAAACAUUCAAAGUAUUUUUUUUCACUUUGAAGAAAUCUUUGGUGUUAUUAAAGUUUUCUCACUAAAAGUGAAAUUUAGUAGACCUUCCCCCUUUCUGUGGUGCUGGGGAUUGAAUCUGGGGCCUUUAGACUUACCUUAAAAUCAGUUCAUUGAAUGCGUGGAUACUGUAACUUCUGAAAUAUGUCUCACUACCUAAUGCCAAGUCCAGUCGUCCUCAGUUUGGAUGAGCUUUUCCGUGACAAAACAACAAAGCCAAAACAGUAUUCUUACUUUGAAAAAUAUCAAUUAUAAAAGAUAAUUUUUUGAAAACAUAUUUCUUGAAAAAAGCUCAUAUUCUUAUUAUCUCCCAUGCUUUCACAAAUUUAAGACUGAACAGUGUCUCUGUCAAGUGAACUUUACCCAAGCAUGAGGAGUGAGAGAAUUCUGGGUGUGAGAAAGUGUGCUCCCCUUCUCUCAUGGCGAGAGCUUAGCUUGCAGCUGUCAUCUCCCGUCAUAGUUUUGGUAAUGCUGAUGGCCGCAAACCCAAUCAUACAGUAAUUAAAAUCCUUACCCGAUCCUGUCGUGACAGCGGUCUUGCUGCGUUUAGUUCUUAGAAGUGGUUCUGAAAUAAUUACCUUCAAACUUUUUUGCUACUCAAAAUGUGAAAAAUUCGAACUUCUGAAGAUAAAGAUCCUUUAUCUUUAUUUGCUAUGUCUCGUGGCCAAGGCAGUGUUUAAUUUGACGGAAUGACAGGGGAUGCAAUGUGGCUGUUGCUGAGGGUUUGUGAGACAGGGUUUUGGCAGGUGAUGAACCCAGAGGAGGUCCUCUUCACAGUGGUGGGGAAGUUGACACCAUGCUGUAUCUUAUUCAGGAAACAUUUUAUAAUGCUGGGCUGUCCACGCUGGGAUACCUUUUCACGUUGGUACAUAGUUCAUUAUUUCAGAAAAAUUCAGGACUCCAGGUGAAUCUGCCUUACUCUUUUGGGUUAAAUGUGGCAUUGAUUUGGCUUCAGGAAUUGGAUAUAAGUAUUUUUUUUUUUUUUUGCUGUAUUUUGGUGUUGAAUCUGGUAUGCCAGCCUGUGAGAACCACCUCUGUUUUCUGUUUUACUCUUUUUAAUUCAGACCCGGAAUUAUUUUCAGUUAUGAACAGUGACCUAUACAUGUUCCCAUGAAUGACAGUUUUGCUCACUUACCAUGGUCAUAUGACAAUAAAGCUCUCCCUUAUGUAUUAGCGGAAACAGUCUGUUCCCAUCAAAUCUUCCCAGUGGUUUUCAUCAGGUGUCUACUCCCAGUUGACUGCUUUGCUAACUGCGACAGUUUAAAAGUGGUGGUGGUGUUUCUCUAAACAAGUUAAAUCAAGACAGUUGAAACCUCUCUGAAUGAGGAAGGCACCCUCUGACCACUUGUCUGUCAGUUGUCUUGGUCGCAAGACCAGUGUGGACACAGAGAUGCCUGGAGGUCCUCAUGACACUGGGGGAAUCAUUUGAUGCCUUUGAACUAGAGAAAGAAAUCAUGAUUGAUGGACAGCUUAUCAAAGAAAGGGAGACAGUAUAUGCAUUCAUUGUAACAAUCUUUCCGGUUCUUAAUGAAGAUGUCAUUUAAUUCUUUGCCAAAACUUGGGUUUGAAUGAGGUGGCUUUCUUCCUUUUUAUAAAGAUAUUUUCUGUUGUCUACCUUUGAGAUGGCUCAGGGGAAAAGGUGCCUGCACCAAACCUGGCAACCUGACCUUGAUCCCCGGAACCCACAGUGUGGAAGAAAAGAACCUGCCCCUGCAAGUUGUCCUUUGACUUCCAUGUGUGUGCACACACACAAAGAGGUGCAUGCAUACAUGAGUGCACACACAGGUUUACACGUGUGCACGCAUGCACACACACACAAAGUAAAUAAAAAAUAAUUAAAAAUUAAAUUUCUGUUUGCAUUUUAUGAAAAGUUGUUCUCUAAAAAAAUUUUAUUUUAUAAAAUUUAAGUACAAAACUAUUUAUUAAAACCUUCCAUUCCUGUCCCAGCCACAGUACUGGUAGCCAUCUGAAGACAAAAUGGGAGCAUAGCCAAUACAAUAGUCUCCUCUGGAGACAGAGUCGAAGCAGAUUUCCUGUCAUUGUACUUGGCCUUGUUCUCUUCCUUUAUAGACCUGUCAGGUAAAUAGCACUCUAGAUUUCUUGCCUUGGGUUUGCAGAUUUGUCAUUUGGGAAGCAAACUGUCACAGUGUUGUUUUUCAGGAGGUGGAAGUGUACUUAAGAUUAUUUAUUACAAUAUGAAAUACUUCUAUGUAAGUGCAUUGACGUAAAUGCUAGUGAA